AUGACGCCUUUUCAAAACGCCCCGUCUUUCAAAAGACGUCUUCUACACUGUGCCUUGAGAAGAACUCCAAUUACGUAUAAUUUUAACCGAACAUUGGAUCAUGCUCUAUCCAAAGUCUUGGAGCAAAUUGAUGAGCUACCGAUGAUCCAAACUCACGUUCCAACCUUACGAAAAGCCGCUACUUAG